AACUUGUUGGCAACGCUGCUCUGUUAUCAAGUUUCGUUUUUCAACAUGGCUGCUUCAUAGUUUGCGGACAGCGUUUAAGGUUGAAUAGAUCGUCCAUUUUACCGGCAGGCGAAAUAUUAAGGAAACGACAGUCGUAAUGAGAUUUUAUAGCGAACCUGUUGCGUGCGUGUCACUUGUGUGUAUUUGGCUAAGUUUAGGGCGGUCAUGCGAAGGUCUCGAACCCGUCACAGUGUCCACGGUAAUUGCAGCAGGCGCUGCCCUAGGCGUUUCAGUUAUGUAUUCCGGGUGGAACGCCCUUAAGUGCAAAACUUCUGAAUGCUGCGCAGCUCCUUGGGUGACUGACAACGUUAAGGGUUUAGACAACAUGCUCAAGUUUCGGUUGCAUGGACAGCCACUAGUGCAUCGUGCCAUUGUGCGAGCUCUGAAGGACCACUUCCAAAACCCAGUACCAAAGAAAGCCCUGGUGCUGUCAUUUCAUGGCUGGACAGGUGGUGGUAAAAAUUAUGCCAGCUCCAUGAUUGCAGAGGCGCUUUACAAAGAGGGCAUGAACAGCAAGUAUGUCAGCCUCUAUGUCUCCACAAAGCACUUUCCUCACCAGGAUGAGGUACCCAAAUACAGAAAAACAUUGCAGAAGGAGAUUGAGGCAAAGGUGAAAGAGUGUGGACGGUCAUUGUUUAUUUUUGAUGAGAUUGACAAAAUGCCGAAUGGCCUUAUUGACAUCAUUAAGCCCUACCUUGAUUUUCAUGAGAAGCUCGAUGAAGUUGACUACAGAAAAUCCAUCUUCAUUUUUCUCAGUAACACUGCUGGAGAUGUGAUUGCACGUGCCACACUGGAUGCCUGGAAGGAUGGCAUAGAUCGCAGCAAGGUCAGGCUGAAUGACAUGGAAAAAGUCAUUGAGUUGGGGAGCUUCAAUGAAAAAGGAGGGCUCUAUCGUGCUGACAUUGUGCAGAAGAACUUGAUUGAUGUGUUCGUGCCAUUUCUGCCACUUGAAAGGAAACAGAUCAUGGCGUGCAUCCGAGAUGAGUUCAAGCGCCGCAGCCGCACAGCUAACGAUAAACUUGUAGAAGACAUUGCCAACGAAUUGGACUAUAUACCAGCAGAGUAUUCACUAUACGCUUCGACAGGGUGCAAGAAAAUUCACCAAAAGGUGGCUCAACACUUGGGUUUCUCGGAAAAGAUAUGAGUUGUGACUUUCUUCUUGAGGCCUUUUUACUAGUACUCAGGAAUUGCACUUGCUUUCUAGAAAGUGAGCACUACAAAAAUAGGCUUCUUUCUUUUCUCUGCUUCUUUAUGUCGGCACAAGCAAUGGUUUUGUUUGCCCUUUGAUUUAACAAUACUGCGUGCAUCAGUUGACACUAUUGCUGGCUUAGAUUCAUUUUGUGGUGUCGCCACCUGAACAGUGCCUACAUUUGAGGACCAUUUACAUGGGUGUAGAGAGAUAGUGUGUGUGCAGGUGAGAUUAUACUGGUACCUUCACCAACCCCAAACUGCACAAAGAAAUCAGUUUGUUCACCUUUAGCCUUCUGCACACAUGCUUCUGUUUAUACUAAUUCUGCGCAUCUUAUGAAUCACGUUUUGUAUUCUUUGUAAUCAGAAGCAGUGUUAAGUUUGGGCCAGUAUUUGGCUUCAUCACAGCAUAGAUUUGGUGCAAGUGCAAUUUCUGGAUACUGGUGUCACUUAUAUGAAAGACCGUUGUGAGAGAUGCGUUGGUUCAAGCCUGGUGCUUGAUAUUGCUCAUCUAGGUAUGGUACUCUCAAUAAUUUCAAUUUCAUACGUUCAACAACAAAAAAAAAACCAUGUCCUGUAAAAUAGGCAGUCACUCUGAAUGUUUUUUGUGUGCAUUGUGUGUGCUAUUGCUUUUUAUUAUUUAAGUAUCUUGGCACGUAAUGAAUAUGAUGAACAUGCAGGAUGAAUUGAAAGGAUGUGAAUCUGAAGGAUAAUUAUGAAUGUAAAGUAGUGGUAUGUGAGCAUAAAGUAGACAAGGUAAAUAGAUAUGCUGAUUUCAUGUGACUCUGUUUGCUAUUGUCGUCCAACUUGUGCAGCGACUUGUGGACAAGGAAAAGAAAUUAAAAUGUGUCAACGUCAUGGGGCUCUUCUUUUUUUACUUUGAUAAUGAUGUGUAGCUUCUGGAGCUCUGAUUUACAGCGGUCAAUUUUUUUCAAUUUUGCACUAGUUGUGCAAAACAUGCUCUCAGUUUGUUUUUAUGAUCUUUUCCUCUAUUUUAAUCAAAUUGCCACUUUUCUUGAUAUAACUUCUGUUGAAGCAAGUCUUAAUUUAUUUUCAUGAUCAGUUUUUUUAUUUACUCUAGAUAGACUCAAAUAUUUUAGUACCAAAGCACGUAAAACAAGAACAGACCCAGAUAUCAAGAGAAACAUAUGGCCUUAUUCCAUAAAAGACAUCUACAAUCGAACCUUGAAAUACAUAGUAUGUCUCAAGGUGAUAGAAACUUUGAAAAUAGUUUGUCUCAAGGUGAUGGAAAUCAGUCAUCAUUGUCAAGAAACAAUCAUUGACUCAAUGGAGCAAGCACUCAAAUGCAUACACUAUGUUUUUCUGUCUUUUCGUGGAGGUAACCGGAUUUAAAAUGUGAUAGUGGUGAUACAUGGUAUUGGCAACUAGCAAUGGGGCACACAAGAAUGAGUGUAACAGUGGUCAUUGUUACUAUAAUUGUCACAGGCAGUAUUUUUAUUUCAUGUAUAAAUUCAAUUUUCUAUUACUGUAGAAGACUUUAAUGUGUGCACCACUCUUGGUGCCCUGAAACCGGCCUGAACCUUAAGCACUUGUCAACCUAUUUUGGUGUCAGCUGAAACAUGGCUGAGCUGUUAGAGUAAAUGCUUGAUUCAGUCAUUCUCACUCUGGAAGUUUAUUGUUGGAAUGAUAUGCUGAAGCUGAUAAAUGCUUGCAUCACACUGAAUCUACAGCAUAAAUUGAGAGUCUGGACAACAAUUAACAUAUCAUAUUUUAUUUGCAGUCCUAUGUUUAAAUAGUUAUAGUUCAUGUGGUUCUGUUGUUUAUGGGUAUUUCAGGCAUUGAGGCUUAUCUGCUGGCCUGUUUAUUACUUGUAAAGCUUUGUGAAUCAUUAGCAGUUUAAAAACAUGUUAAGAUUAACCAUCAUAUUGGUGUUUCACUCCACACAGGCAACAGAGAUAUGCUGCUCGCAUAUUUUUCGGUUGUUUGGCAGGACCUUCUGUAUGUGCAGGCUGUGCAACAAAACAGAUAAGGUCAGUCAAACUAGUUUAUACUAUUGGCUACCAAAUAUAGCAGGCAAUGUUUGCAUCAUUCUUCCAUAUUCCCAACUUUGCUAGUAGCUUAAGCUUAAAAAAAAAGGUACGUGUUGCUUUAAAUGCUCUGUCUCUAGUCGUGUGAGAACUUCUGCCUUAACAAGUGUGUGCUGAAUUUUGAAAAUGUCUACCAUCUUGUAUAGGCUGUGAGAUGAGCACUCAUGCCUUGCAUCUGGGCAUUUUGCCAGGUGAUUUUUUUUUUUUCAGCUAUAUAGUGAGAAGUGACUUCUAAAUGCUUUUUCUCCUUCAAGAGCUUGUUACUGGGCAUAGAGCUUGUGUUUUUCUGUUUUUAGGAAUGUUUUUAAGGCAUUGCAUGCCUGUCUUGUUGCAAAUGCCUUGUUAUAUAAGUGAUACAAUCCAGUUGUCAAGGUAAACAUUUUUUGUGAAGUGAUAUUUUGAAGUGUACAGUAUGCUUUUGUAACAUGUGGGAUAGUGUGUUUUACUAAAUUUAUAAUUGUAUCAUUUGUGUGUAAUAAAUUUUUGUCUAUUAGAUCUCCAUUGAAGUAAA